AUGAUGUUGGCAAAGUUAGGAUGCACAGAUAAAUUCAUACGCCUCGUGAGACUCUUGUAUGAUGACAUGGAAUGCUGCGUCGCUGUAGGUGUCGAUGAGUCGAGCUUUUUCCCCGUUACCUGUGGGGUAAAGCAGGGGUGCGUGCUGGCACCUACACUUUUCGCCCUAUACUUCGCAGUAGUUGUCCGUGAAGUUUUGCAAAGUCCAAAUGCACCGAGAGGAAUUCGCAUCCGCUUUCGCACCGACGGCAAUCUCUUCCACCUAGCUAGGUUUAAGGCACGCACUAAAGUCUCGUACGCUGUGGUCUCCGAGAUCAUGUAUGCGGACGACUUAUGCUUUCUUUCGGAGUCCCCAGGUGACCUUCAGCAGCUUGUCACUGACUUUCAUCAAUCUUGCUGCAAGUUUGGCCUAAAGGUCAGUGUGAAGAAGACAGAAGUUAUGUCUCUGGACAUUCAUGGUCGGGAAAAUCUGACAGUCACACUUGGCGAAGAUUUGUUGAAGCAGGUAACCAAGUUCCGUUACCUGGGGAGCACGGUAACAUCUUCGUGCGACUUUGAUGCGGAGAUCAACAGCAGGAUCGGAGCUGCUGCUGCAGUAUUCGGUAAGCUGGAUGCCAAGGUCAUCCGCUCGCAUGACCUAAAGCUAGCUACAAAGAUCUCCAUAUACAUGGCGGUAGUGUUGCCCAACAUACUGUACUCCUCUGAAACGUGGACCGUAUAUCGUCGUCACAUCCGCACACUAGACCGAUUCGAUCUUAAAUGCCUCCGUAAGAUCCUAAAGAUCAGUUGGUCCGACCGAGUGCGGAACACCGAAGUCCUACGGAGAGCCGUGGAAUCGAAUCCGUGGGUGGAAUCGAAGUCUACCUCAUGCGACGACAGUUGGAGCGGCCACGUUUCAAGAAUGGUGGAGGGUCGAGUGGCUAAGCGCGUCUUUUAUUCCGAGUUGGAGGAAGGCAAGCGAAAGCAAGGCGGACAACUCCUCAGGUACAAGGACGUGCUUAAACGCCAUAUGAAGAACUGCGACAUUGAGCCCCUACAGUGGGAAAAGCAGGCCGCCAACCGCCCUGGGUGGAGAUCUUUGUUUAAGAAACGCGGUUUACGGAUAUUUUUGAAUCCCGUCGUCAAACAAAUCUGGACGACAAGAGGGAUGAGCUGAAAGCCCGACCACCAGCGGUGAUCAGCUAUAAUUAUAUUGAUGGUGUCCUCUCGUGCCCGUUGUGCGCACGGGUCUUUGCCAACAAGAUCGGCUACGUCAGCCACACGAGAGCACAUGAACGCCAAAAAAGGAGUAGAAGCAGUCGCCGUGGCCGAAAACGGUCAGGAGAGCAUAUAUACAUAAUACAUACAUACAUAAAUAUACAUACUUAUAUUUCUUAUAAUAUAUACAUAAAUAACGACAAACCCAUACAUUAUUACCCAUACAUUAUUAUUUUUUCAUUCUGCUAGCAAAUCUGCUGCUGUAUCUUAUAUCAAUAAAAAAAAAAAAAACUGUUUCUGUACAUCCUGGGAAGGGUCCUAUAAAAUUAAAAAUAUAUUUAAAAAAUAAUUCAUUUUAAACUAUUAAUCAUUAUUAGAAGAAACAAUUACAUAUUUUAACUGAUUGUAUGGACUAAGGGCAAGGAUAUGGGGAUGCAACCACUUUAAAGUAUUGAGUUACAAUUAAAUAUUUUAAAAUGCUACUGAGUAUUAUGGUAACGUAACGUAGAACGGGACACUAGGUACUACUCAAAUUGAUUUAGCGUAAGUUAGUGUAAGUAAAAGUAAGGCCUGAGUGGACACUCAAGUUAGGCGUCCAGCCGGGCGGGGCGUGCGGCGUGCAUGUUAAACAAAUGCAAACAUAUAGGAGGCGUUACAUGAAACAACAUGAAACAAAUUAGCAUUUUUUUUUGUAAAUUUGACAGCUGAUAGCGUAUGCCGUAUAAACUUUAAUUAGUUGUGAUAAAUUAGCUUUUCUAAUGCAAGAAAAAAAAAUCCUAUCCUUACUAUAUUAUAAACACAUGUAUCUCUGUCUGUCUCUCUGUUAUCUCGUCGCGCUUAAACCGCUGAACCAAUAUCAUCAUGAUGAUGGGUGAUUAUCUAAACAAUUUUUUUUUGCGGCACAGCUGAUAAUGACAGUGUGGACUAAUUGUUUCAGAAUGGUAUUUUUUUCUGAAAACCUUACACAAAUUAUAAUCUUAAGCUAAAUCACAAAAUAUUAUACUUAGGAGUUAUUGAUAUUUUAUUAAAAAAAAUUAUUCGCUGGAAGUCUAAUUUUGGUGUAGUGUCCCGAAUUCAAUAAUUUCUAUGGUAGAACCAUGAACAUCCAUUGAUUUAACUAAAACUUCACAAAAUUUUACUCGUUAUUAGUCUACGUACAUUAACCCCCCUUAAUCAUAAAAAGGGGUAGAACAUUAAAUAUUAGUUAAAUAAUGUAAAUUUCAUAUAGAAUAGAAUAGAAUAAUGUAUUUAUUUCAAGAAUUUGGCAUUACAAGUCCAUUAGUACAUUGAUCCCCACACUAGGCUCAGCCUGUCACGUGGGAAUCUGAGAGAAGUAUCGAAAUGGUGCGGUUCUCAUUUUAUCAGAAUACAUUAUUGUUAAAGCUAAAUUAAAUAAGAUUUUUUUAUUAUAUGACUAACUAUCAAACUAAGCCCAAAACAGUUAAAAAGGUCUCAGUAAGUUGUAUGUAAGUGAAAGUGUUUAUGUGAGGGUAUGUGUGUAUGUAUGUGAGUAUGUAUGUAUGAAUAUGUGCGUGUGUAUAACUACGAAAUGUGAGAGAAAACAAAAGUAAAGAAAUGUAGCUGUACAAGUUAUUCAUCUUUCGGGAGCAGACGCAA